AUGUCGAGAGAAGACCGAGCAGCCCUGACUGUCGUCCUCAAAACGGCACGACACAACGGAAUCCAAUUUGAAGUGCCGUUACCCUGGCGAACGGGAUCCAACCGACUGCCAGACAAUCGAGAAAUAGCACUCCACAGGCUCAACUACCUGAAGGCUCGAUUGAAGAGGAACGCGCAGUUGAAGGAAGCCUACUGUAACGCCAUGAAACGCGAUCUAGAGUUGGGAUAUGUCGAACGCGCAAUGAGAGAAAUCAAAAAGGAGUAA